AGAACACACAUGAACUAUGUCAAAUGUCCACAAAUAUUAUCGGGCGUCCAUUAUCCAUCUUGUAGGGCAUGCGCUCUUGGCACUGUCCAGUUGCAUUGGCGAUCUUCCCUGUCUCGUCUUGGGAGCCGUCCUCUUCCGGGUCUGUUUCAGCGACUUCCAAUGGGCGCCGACCAACGCUUUGCUGUUGAAUAAAUUGGACAAACUAAGCUACGAAAUAUAAUUGCACAUCGGAGCGGCUGCGAUUUCGUGUCCUGGACACCAGCCACAGGGAUGUCAGACGUUAGUGUUGAGACAGAGCCCAGCCAGGCUGUGGGCGCAGGGUCCCAGGUGGAGCAUGAGGUGGGGGAGCAGGGCCACUCUGAGGAGGCUCGGCGAGACCCCGAAGACGCUCAGGCUACACAUGAAGGAGCCCCGCAGGGCACAGACAGCCCCGCGGCUGACACGUAUGAUGAUGUUGUGUACGAUGUGGCUCUGAGUGACAGUGAUGAGGAGGCAGAGGGUGGCUCUUCCCUGAGCCGCAAGGGAGGGGCUCACCUGGACACUGACCCAUCCCUAAAGGCCACUGCUCCCUCUGGUAAUGACGCUUCGAUGGAUGCAAAGUUAAAGGAGACCAUGGCAGAGGAGCCGCACAGAAGCACAGCCGCUGAGAUAUCAGUGACCAGCAACGGAGAAGCGGAGAGCAGCCGUGAUGAUGUGUUUCAGAGGGACGCAGCCCAUGGAAUGACCAAUUUCUCAAGCAUGGUGGCACAAACCCACGACACCUUGGACAGUUAUGGCUCAACCACAGAGGGAGUGGUUGAAGUGGGCCCUUACAAAGGGUCAGCCAGCCAGCCCACGACCCCCACAGUGGCCCCAAGCUCAGUAGCGGCUGGCCGCCUGGCCCGUGGGGCCAGUGACAGUCAGGUGGAGCUGGAGAAAGGUGCUGCUAUGGGACAGCCAACGAGUGGGCCGGUGGUCCUUGCAGAUGAUCUGAAGAACCCAGCCAUGGAGAAGCUAGACCUGGUGAGAAAGUGGAGCAUCAACACCUACAAGUGCACCAAGCAGAUCCUGUCUGAGAAGCUGGGGCGUGGCUCCCGGACUGUGGACCUGGAGCUGGAGGCACAGAUUGACGUUCUCCGCGACAACAAGCGCAAAUACGAGCAAGUGAUCAAGCUGGCUCAGACACUGGUCAACCAGCUGGCUCAGAUGAUGCAGACACAAAGACAGCUGGGAGACGCCUUCGCUGAUCUCAGUUUGAAAUCACCUGAACUUCAUGAGGAGUUCAGCUACAAUGCCGACACCCAAAAACUCCUGUCCAAAAAUGGCGAGACUCUCUUAGGGGCAAUCAACUUCUUCAUCUCUUCUGUGAAGACACUAGUGGACAAAACCAUUGAGGAUACCUUGCUAAACAUCAAACAAUAUGAAGCAGCCAGAGUUGAGUAUGAUGCUUACCGCACCGAUUUGGAGGAGCUGAACCUGGGGCCCCGCGAUGGCACCACGCUGCCCAAGAUUGAACAGUCCCAACAGCAGUUCCAGCUCCACCGGGAGAAAUAUGAGCGGAUGCGCAAUGAUGUGUCCGUCAAGCUGAAGUUCCUGGAGGAGAAUAAGGUUAAAGUACUGCACAAUCAGCUCCUUCUCUUCCACAAUGCUAUAGCGGCAUACUAUGCAGGCAAUCAAGAGCAACUAGAACAGACCCUUAAACAGUUCCACAUCAAGUUGAAAAUGCCCGGUGGGGACUCCCCUUCCUGGCUGGAAGAGCACUGAUCGAUGGUUCCGGCCUGCUCGGUGUAAGAGCCAGAGCGGGACAGGCAUCAGCGGCUGAAGAUGGGAAGUAACAUGUGCACUCCUUCAUAAGCAAACUGGCUAUCCCAAAUAAAGUGCAGUUUGCUAGUCCCCUUUUCCUCUGCCUAGGAACUUAAAUCCAUUGGGCAAAAAAAAAAAAGAAAUAAUUACACAAAAAAACAAAGCUAACAAGGUUUAUUUUUCCCCUCCUUGUCUCUCUUGUUGACUUUUCAAACUAAAGAUUUUUAUGGUGUUCUUGUAUUCUCACAUCUGAGAAGAUGUCUUUUUACUCUUUAAUGGAAAAUCACUUGACUCAAGGGACAUGCACUUUUGUGGUAUGAUGUGACAAAUCUGACAUGAAAAAAAUACUGGGCAUGGCUAAUGUCCAUUAACAAAGCUCGGUGAAUGUAGGAACUAGAGAGUGGCCUGAGGUCUGAAUCUACACUGAAGGAAUUUUCAGGCACGUGGCACACUUUAAAAAUCUUGACCGUUAACCCCUGCUCAGUGCUCUCACCUGCAUGGACAGGUAACAGCGACCAGGACAAUACCAACAGGUAGACUACAAAACUAUUCAGAGAACUGGGGAUCCAUACAGUGUCUCUCAUCAGUCAGAAGACAGUUUUAGAAUAUCCCCAUCACAGUAUAGGCUCUUCUCAUUCGUCUUUUUAGCUAUCCUCCCUUCCUUCCUUCCUCAGUCCUCCAGCUCGUUCCCACUGAUCUGCAACAAUGGGAUGGGGCGGCAACAAUGGGAUAGUCUAUCCAGUGUUCUUUAUAGAUCAGUGGGAAUGAGCUCGGGGACCGAGGAGAGACGUUGAGAAGAGCUUUGUGUGUUCCGUUAAGAAAGUGAGCAAAGGUUGAAUGUCCGCACAGGAAGAGGAGAUGGCUAGGGCAGGGAAGCAUUUUACUGUGCAGGUAGUGUGCACAUUUGGUUUCUGUUAACAGAGCCUACUGGUAUGAGCGCUGGGUAGGGGUGAGAGAUUGAUGAUCACAACUGAAUACAUGGAUUAUACAGAUUUUGGAAUUUUGAUUGAUUGGGAAGGGCCAGCCUUAUUGUGUUUCUUGACAUGAAAUGACUUGAUGUGCCUUUUUAAUGUUGCAUGCCUGACCAGUUUGUGGUGAUCUUAUUAGAGAUGAAAACACCCAGGAUCCAACCACAUUGCCUGGCUAGGAAUCACCUUUCAGGCCAAACACACACACACACACACACACACACACACACACACACACACACACACACACACACACACACACAUCCCUCCAAGAACCAGCACAAUCUCUUAUUGUCUCUGAUUUAUAGCCUUCUAAAGACUAUCAUACAGAUACUAUGAAUUCAACGCAGCUCUUCACCCAUAUACUGUUAUUAAGGAUAACACAACUCUUGAAUAUUUAAACCAAAAGACAUCUGCCCUUUGUACAUGGGAAUGACCAGCACUGCCUCUGCUGAUGAACCUUCUGUUUGUUUGAAAUGAUCCCUGUGCUUUUUGUUAGAUGUUGUCCUUUACAAGGAUCAUUUGGUGUACAGCUGCUGUACCAUAGAAUGAUUUGCUUGAACACAUACAAACACGUUCAUUAAUGUCUAUGUCAUAGUUUAUCGUUUCAUUUCUUUUAGCUUUAAUUUGACUACUCUUUAACGGGACAUACAUCUGCUUUUAUUUAAUAUGUUGUGCUACCAAGACCAGAGAAGAAAUCACUAUCUAAAGCCUCAACGGCCUCUGAAGCAUUUAUUUUUUUGGGGUUUUUUUUUUCAAGAAACUUUUUGAAUUGUUCUUAGUUUUUCUUAAAAACAUCCUCUUCUGUCCAAAAAAUAUAACUCCAAGUUGUUUGCAGUAGAGAUGUUCUUGAACAUGAGCAUGGUCCCCAAGUGGCCAAGCAAUGUCCUGCACUACCCAAAGCCCCUCAAGUGUUGCAUCUGCAUUGCAUUUCUAUCCACCCAUUAGAACAGCAUAGGGGUACACAUGUACAAUGAUUCUGUGUUUGCUAACACAAACAUAGGCCUAAGCGUAGGUAGAUAUACAUAUAUAUAAAUAUCUAUAUAUUUGUAAGUUUCUGUAUUUUAAUCUUGUAUAAAUGAACUCUUUCGUGGGCAUUGUUCUGAAGACAUCACCGUUUGGAGUAUUCCUCUAUGAAGGUGGAACAUCAGUUGACACACUGUUAAUAUGAUGUAUGUUCAGUGACAGGCUUUCAAGUGUAAGAAACCCUCUCUAUGUUGUGUAACAUCUUUGGAGAAUAAAAAUAAACUAUUUUUUUUCUUCUUAAA